GGUUUUAAUUUCCUUCAAGUCACUUAGCAUUCAAAACAAGCCAACUGGCAAGAGCUAGGCUUCACGCUAACAUUCGAGAGCAGGCACUAAUCAUCAUGAAUUCAAGCGAUUCUGAUGCAGGCGACGAGUAUCAUGAUGAAUUCGAGCUCGGUGGCGGCAAGCGCUCGGAGAAAGAUGACGGCGGCUACAUACUUAGGAAUGUCCUCAAGCUUCCCCGUGCCACAACCUACACGACGCAGGCGCUCUACGAGCAGAUCGUUGGCAACGACAUUAACCUGGAACCUGAGUAUCAAAGAGAUGUUGUCUGGCCAGAGGCAAAGCAAGUAGGCCUUAUUGACUCUAUACUUCGCAACUUUUAUAUUCCACCUGUGAUCUUUGUUUCGCAUCAGCACCCAGAUGGCUCAGAAACCAAGACGUGUGUUGAUGGAAAGCAACGACUCACAUCAAUAUAUCGGUUCAUGGCUGGACAGAUUCAUCACAAAGACCCACAAACCGGUGACAGGUACUGGUACAAGUCGAACGCUUCUAACCAAGGCGGACGGUCCCCGAGCUACAUUCUACCUGAUAAAUAUCAACGACUGUUUGCAAAUAAGCAGAUCGUAUGCAUAGAAUAUCAAGACCUUCCUGAUUCCGAAGAACGCGAAAUUUUCCAGAGAGUACAACUUGGAAUGGCCCUCACCCCUGCGGAAAAAUUGCAGGUGAUCAAUACCCCUAUGUCUAGCUUCGUGCGACAGCUAGAAGUAGAGUAUUUCGGACAAGACAAGCCUCUGGGUGGCGAUGCCCUAGAUUGGGAACGUUCGCGCGGUGGGGACUUCCGGUGUAUCGCUCAGGCGCUCUACUGCAUCUCAAAGUACCCCUCCCUCCAGUCCGUGGGUACCGUUCUGCAGAUAGAGAAAUGGCUGCAUAAUCCCACCCGACGGACCAAAAGCAAAAAGAAAGAAAGUGAGGACGAAGACCUCACAAAAGAUGAACUCUACCUCUCAUCCAUCCACGACACGUUCCGCGUUUUCUCUCAGCUAGUCAGCGACCCUGAUCUCCGCCCCAUAUUCCUACAACCUGGCUGGCGCAUCUCGCCGGUGGAGUUUAUCACCAUAUGUCUCUUAAUUUCUGUGGAGAAAGAUAAGCUGGAACUGCGGGCGCUCGCAGAGAAGCUCGGGCGCAUGCGGGAGGUGGUGCGCGAAGAACAUGUAGAUAUCAGAAUGAACGCCCGUGUCGCUAAGACAUUGCUUGACUUCGUCAAGGGGAUUGGCUCUCAGGUGCAAAGCACUUCCGGGACGAAGCGGAAGCUGGAGGAGGAAGAUGUGGCAAUGCCACCGAGCGCACAGCGACAACGUACUGAGACCUUGCCAGUACCGUCUCCUGUUGUGGGCUCCUACAACCAAAUUCACUUUGUCGAUCCUUCUAUGCUUAGUGCUGCCACUUCUCUACCGCCGCCGCCACGUCCAACAUCCAUUCCUGACAGACUGGCAGCCUUCCACGAUGCCAAGAAGUCUAUUUCAAAUCCUUCCCUUUCACGUAUCCCGCCGACUGCACCCGCUGCUCUACGGAAUGCUGGACCAAGUAGAUAGGCGCGUUGAUCUGUAUCAUAUCAGUACUCUUCAAGUUGUAUCAAGUACUUGGUCAUCAGUCCUGGUGAAGGUAUCGAUGUUGGUGGGUAAUCUUGAUUUGAUAAAGAUGCUGGCGUAGGUGGGUAACCUGGACCUCGGGUGGCCGUGCAGGGGUAGCCCAUGUGCACACCCAUCACGCCUGCAUCUUAUUGCUAAGAUAUGAUAUGAUAAGGACUAGUAUUGGUGUAUAGCUUCCGGGUGGUAUUUGGCGUAUCGUCAUUCUAGAGAUAUCUGUAGAUUAUAUACCCAGUUUCAGAGCGGAUUCGACGUCAUUGUGAAUUCUUAUACAAGUAUUAUUAUGUCAGCAACGUUGGAAACCA